AUGAAGACCCCUAGGAAUGCUGGUGCGCAGCCUGAAACUGCCAGUAAUGGUAGCAUAGAUGGUUUCAUCACCGUCAUGCAGCCGUCGGUCGACAAAAAACUAGCUGCUAUUGGCGCCGUUCCUUCCAAAGAGAAGCUCGAGCCAGAGAUCGAAUCAGCUCAAGAGCUGGAAGCAGGGCAGAAGCUCUAUCUUCCGCUUACACUCGCCGUUCAGUCAACAGUUAUCAUCCUGCCUAGUAUCGGCCGGGACCUAAACAUACCUGCUGAGCGGCAACAGUGGAUCAUCUCCGCCUAUUACCUUACCUUUGGCUGUUUUCUGCUCCUUUGGGGUAGAUUCGCAGACAUCUUUGGACGUCGCUCGGUCUUCCUCAUCGGGUCCGCUUGGCUCACCGUUGUUACCAUUCUGGUCCCGUUCGCGCCCAAUGAGAUCGUCUUGGACCUGUUCCGAGGCCUACAAGGUCUGGGCGCAGCUGCCAACGUUCCUACUGCGAUCGGGAUCCUCGGUGCUACUUUCCAGCCCGGUAAGUAUAAGAACUACGCAUUUGCCAUCUACUCGGCCGGGUCUUCCUGCGGAUCGGUGCUAGGCAAUAUCUUUAGCGGUGUGAUCGCGCAGUACGUUAGCUGGAAAUGGAUAUUCUGGGCCUCCGCCGUUCUCUGUGGAAUGGUCACCGUGGCCGGCCAUAUCUUGAUCCCUCACUCAAAGGUUGAGGCUUCCCCCUGCUCCAGCCUUGUGGUCGAUGUUGAUUGGGUAGGCGGCACAUUGGUGACUGGGGCCAUACUACUCCUUAACUUUGCUCUGACAGAAGGCAACGUUGUCGGAUGGACGGUGAUCUGGGUUCUGGUAUUGCUUCUGAUUUCCCUGAUUUUGUUGGCCGUGUUUAUCUUGUGGAUAUGGUACCUUGAGAGGAAGACCGAGAGGCCUCCUCUCUUGAGGAUUUCUAUCUUCCACAACAGCCGUUUCAAUGCCGCACAGGUCAUCAUGGCCACGUUUUUCGCGGCUUUCAAUAACUACCUCGUCUACGCGACAUACUUCUACCAAGACUACCUAGGACUCGGGCCACUAGACACAGCUAUUCGGUUUAUACCGACAGGAAUUAUGGGUAUCGUGGGGAACAUCAUUGCCGCCAAACUCCUUUCUCGUGUCCCGGGGUCCUACCUCCUGGUUUUCAGCUGUAGCUGCGUGGGCAUUUCCUGCCUCCUUAUGGCCGUUCCCAUACCGCCGUCGACUACCUACUGGGCCUACAGCUUCCCAGCCAUGGUGUUGUCUACAUUAGGAGCUGAUAUUCUUCAUCCGACACUCAACCUUUUUACAGUGCAGUGCUUACCUGUAGAAGAUCAGGCUCUCGGCGCGGCGCUGAUCACUGCUGUCUUGCAAGUGGGCAGGGCCAUUGGAAUCACGAUUGCAACCGUGGUGCAAAUAUCGGUGGAAAGGAGGGCCACAAGCCACAGGGAAGCUGAAGGUGAUUCGUCCGCCUUACUGCUUGGACUUCGCGCCAGCCAAUGGUUCAAUUUUUCGCUUGCCGUUGCCGCAUGCACUGUAGCUCUACUGUUUUUCAGGGGCAAGGAAAAGGUAGGCGCGAUUCGACGGUAG